UGUUUAAAACUAGAUAUUUUGUAUAAUUAUUAAGGGGGCAGAAAUAGUGGCGAAAUCAGAAUUUUUACUAAGGGGAGUCAAAAUUGAAAAAAGUAAGCACACCAACUAGGCGCUCCACCACUUGGCAGAAAUCAAUAAUUGUCUUUAUCUUUAAAACUAAAUAUUUCGUAUAUUAAGAGGUUGAGAACAACAUUGAAAGCCAAGAGAACUGAGGAAAAUAUCAUGGCUAGUUCUGCUAUUCCAGCAAUUGAUGUUUCUCCAUAUUUUAGAUCAGAUGAGGAAAAUGAAGAAGGGAAAAAGAAGGCUAUGGAGCAAAUUAGAGACGCCUGUGUUAGCUAUGGUUUCUUCCAGAUUGCGAAUCACGGAAUUCCUUUGGACUCGUUGAGCACAACUAUCGAUAUGUAUAAGACUUUCUUUGCUACUUCAGAUGAAGAAAAACUCUCUCUACCUGAUUAUUUAAAGAGCACACAGGAGUCAGCUGGGACUUAUGAGCACUUCCGGAUUCGUUUUUCAUCCUCCUCUGCCUUCGAUGUCUGCCCCAACAAUCCACCUGCUUUCAGACAAGUAUUGGAGGAGAUGGCCUCCCAUUUCACAAAGUUAGGAGUUUUGUUGGAGAGAAUCAUCAGUGAGUGCCUAGGCCUCCCUCCUGACUUCCUAGGAAACUACACAAAUGAUCGGUCACGGGAUGCAUUGAUGGGCCUCCACUACUUUCCGGCGGAAGAAGACGAGAACACAGGAAAACCUGCACAUGAAGAUCCUGGCUGCUUCACCAUUGUCUACCAGUAUGAAGUUGGAGGCCUUCAGGUGCAAAAAGGUGGACAGUGGAUUCCUAUAGCGCCUUGCAAAGACAAACUAGUUGUUAACAUUGGUGAUGUGAUUCAGGUGCUAAGCAACAAUAAAUUCAAGAGUGCAAUUCACAGAGUGGUGAGACCAACUGAAACCCACCGUUACUCGUGUGCGUUUUUCUAUAACUUGCAAGGAGACAAGUGGGUUGAGCCAUUACCACAGUUCACCACAGAAAUUGGAGAGUCGCCCGAGUACAGAGGAUUCCACUUCGACGAGUAUCUGCAGCUGAGACUCAGAAACAGGAGUCAUCCACCAGCUAGACCUGAAGAUUUCAUCCAUAUAACCCACUACUCAAUUUCCAGUUAGAGGAGUAUCGAAGUUUAUGUGAUCAGGGAUUUUUUUUUUUCUCUAUGUUAAAAGAAACAUGGCAAUAAUAUGUAUUACACCAGUCUUAUUCUUAAUAUGUAUUUUGAAGUGUGCCACUAUUUUAUUAAAUAAAAAAUUUAAGCCUGAUUCGUUGAA